AUAAUUGAUAUUUGUCAUUUAGAUGUAAACAUUUUGAUAAGGCGAAAUGAGUUCAGAUCUGAAUUUCUGAAUGGUCGCGGAUGUCAGCUAGAAUAAAGACUAGACCACCCUACGCUCGGCUUACUCUAUGGCGCUUUAUGAGAGUGUAUUCACAUUGCCCGAUCCGAUAUCGGAUGUAGGAUCCUACAUCCGCAAUGUUGGACCGCAGGGUCUCUUUCGCAGGGCCUGCUUCAGCGGUCACUCACACUACAGCAAACAUUAUGCCUAUGUUUUCUUACUUCAAAUUGAUUUACGUCGAAUUCAUCAUUCAUGGUAUGGUUAGGUUAGGUUUGACUUUUUCAUGACACGGUCAACCGAUAAUUUCAUGAGAUUAUUGCCACAUCAAUCUUUGCUACAGUGCCAAUCCGAUAUCGGAUAUCGGUUGGCCCCUCAUGAGUAAGACUAAGCACGACUCAUGAAGAUUCAGAUCAUGCUCUAUUCAACAAAGCAUGGAAACUAGAGUGAUUGAUUGAUACCCUAAUCUAACAAACUUGGUUGAGAACUUCAAACAAACUAUAGGGAACGAAGGCAAAAAUGGAACAGCUGCCUUCUAAUUGGACAUAGAGUUAGCGGGUUACGCGACAACUUUGGUUGGUCGAGGAUCAGCGCAAGCGCGAGGCCACUCCGCGCGCCGCCACCGUCGCGGCCGCUCCUUGGAAUCGCGAGACGACGCUGUCCGUCGGAAAAAAACUUUACACGACGCGUUUACAUUUACGAUAGCGUCUUCCCUGGGAACAAAAAAAAUGAUUAUAAAGUCGUGUUUUAGAACGGCACAUUAAAUAUACCAUAAGAUUAGGAGCCGCGCUUGUUAUAACAAUAUGUAUACGUAGUCCAGAACAUUUUGAAAUUUUAAUUCGUUUGAUUUAUUGCAUUGAAUUAUCUGGUUUCGCGCGGUGGUUGUAAAGGGAAGUGCAGCAUGUGAGGAGUCGCGAUGUACGCCGCGCCAGCCGCGCGAUGAGGCCGCGCCGCCAGCGUCUCGCGCCAGCCCUUGCCCUGGCGCGGUUGCUACCGCUAGUCUUCUCGCUCGUGCGAGCACAAAACGAGCGUGCUGCGGCCGCGGCUGAUCGUUUGGAGAACGUGACGCACACCGUGUCACGGAUCCUGGACGGCUACGAUAUUCGUCUGAGACCAAAUUUUGGAGGCGAUCCGUUGUACGUCGGAAUGGAUUUAACUAUCGCGAGCUUCGACGCGAUAUCUGAAGUGAAUAUGGACUACACAAUAACGCUGUACUUGAACCAGUACUGGAAAGAUGAAAGAUUAGGCUUUGGCCUACAGGACGAGGUGCUGACGUUAUCGGGAGACUUCGCCGACAAGAUUUGGGUGCCUGACACGUUUUUUGCUAAUGACAAGAAUAGUUUCCUCCACGACGUGACAGAGCGCAACAAGCUGGUGCGGCUGGGCGGGGACGGGAGCAUCACCUACGGCAUGCGCUUCACAGCCACCCUGGCCUGCAUGAUGGACCUGCACUACUACCCGCUCGACUCGCAGAACUGCACCGUCGAGAUUGAAAGCUAUGGGUACACGGUGUCGGACGUGGUGAUGUAUUGGAAGGAGACGCCAGUACGCGGUGUGGAGGACGCCGAGCUGCCUCAGUUUACAAUACUGGGACAUGAAACUAAUGAUAGAAUCGAGAAGUUAGCAACGGGCGUGUACCAGCGGCUAUCGCUGAGUUUUAAACUACGCAGAAACAUCGGCUACUUCGUGUUCCAGACUUACUUGCCUUGCAUCCUCAUUGUAAUGCUCUCGUGGGUGUCGUUCUGGAUUAAUCACGAGGCUACGUCGGCGAGAGUUGCCUUAGGUAUAACAACGGUACUGACGAUGACCACGAUAAGCACGGGCGUGCGCUCGAGCCUCCCGCGCAUCUCCUACGUGAAGGCCAUCGACAUAUACCUGGUCAUGUGCUUCGUGUUCGUGUUCGCCGCGCUGCUCGAGUACGCGGCCGUCAACUACACCUACUGGGGCGCCAGAGCGAGGAAAAGGGCCAAGUUAAAGAAAGGAGAGAUGUCAACGAGCACUAGUGUCGAGAAAGACUUGAAAUGUUCUGGUGGCUCCCGCUCUCCAGAAGAGAUCAUAGCACUCCGGGAAUGCACGAGCUCCGCGGGGCGUGUGUCCCCGCUGCUCGGGCUGCGGUCCAAGCCGCUGCCGGCCGCGGCGGGCGCGCCGCCGUCGCUGCGUCUUCAGCGGGACCACACGCAUCUACGUUACCGCACCAGACCGCAUUCUAGAAAUUCAAAAAAUGGUUCGACCGGUAAACCGAAGAUGAUCCACGCCUUGCGGCGCGGUGCGUCCGUCAUAAAAGCGUCCAUGCCCAAGAUCCGUGACGUCAACGUCAUUGACACGUACUCGCGUGUAAUCUUUCCCGUCUGUUUCCUAGUCUUUAAUGCCGUUUACUGGGUCUUCUACAUCUUUGAUUGAAUUCUCAUAUUAUGAGAAAAAUAUAACUGAAACUGAUAAAAUUCCAGUCCAGGAAUUCCUACAGAAUAAGGAUGGGGACACAACUCGUCUGGUAUCGAAUGCACUAUUAGAAUUAAUGUAACCUUUAUCUAAAAUAUAUUUUCCAGUUUCUUUAGAAGGUUACAAAACUAACAUUUUUAUAAAUGUGCCAAAUUAGUAAAAGUGACUAUGUUUUAGAAAGAUCAAAGUAUAUUAUGUAUGAAAUGGGCAUUGAACAUGUAUAAAUAAAACAAAGGUAGAAUAUUUAAACUUAGUUUUACUCUAUGUAAAUUACUUAUUAUCUACUAUCUGGAUCUAUGUCAAAAAUUCAUGUAGGUAUACAUAUGUACAAUAAAAUAUAUCAGAAUAUAUUUGUUUAACUAAUUAAAUUGAGUAAAGAAUUAAACAUUGUACGAGAAAGGCAUAAUUAAAAAGAUUUUGGAAAUUACUUUGAAUAAACUAUUGUCUACAAACAGGCUCCAAUGUUAGCGGUCCCGUGACAAUCAAUGGAAUACCAAAAAAUGGGAUGAGUAGGGACGAAAUCGAAGUUCACAGCUGGGUAAAAGUUUUUUUUAUAAGUGGCACAUUGAUUAAUAUACAAAAACAGUGUUCCGGAUAUAUGAAUUUCUGUUUAUCAAUGAUAAUUUGUUGUUUCAUUUCAUGGUUUCAACGAUAAACACAUAAUAGCACGUACUACUGUUUCUGUUUAGCCUGAUGGUUGACUGGUAGAGAAUGCCUUUAGGCAUUAAGUUCGCCAUUUGUACUUUAUUUGUUAUAUUGUGCAAUAAAGUUUAAAUAAAUAAAUAGUAGGCAAUCCUAGCUCACCCCGUAGUUGGAGUUAGAAGGGAUAGUAAGGAGGAGGUGAGACGGGAAAAUUACUAGGGUUAUCACUUUCGGAUUAUGACAAUAGCUUGACUUGUCAAAAGAAUAUUUUAUUUAUGGAGCAAAAUUAUGUUAUAUUUUUGCUCCUACAUAAAACGAUUUAAUGUUUACUGUAAGUUGUGAUGAUCUUUAGUUUUAUGUGUUGUCUAUAUGGAUAGCUUGUAUUAUUGUAUGAAAUGAAAAAAGGCACAUUUUAAUAUAACAUGUUUAUUUAAUUUGCAAUUUCUUCCAACUCCUCCGAUACUUCACUACUUUUUAAUAGUUAUUUGUUUUACAGGGGGGCAAAGUUGUUGUUUAAAAGCUCGUGCUAAUAUUGAUACCUACCUGAGCAAGCGAAAGAUUCCAAAAUUGAACCACGAGCGUAGCGAGUGGUUCGAGAACUGGAAUCUUGAGCGUUGCGAGGGUACUAAGGCACGACGGUUAAACUAACUUUGCCUCCGAGUGAAACACAAGAUUUUUCACCACACCAACGCGAGGAAAAUAUUAACUAUGAAAUAUCAAAUAAAAUCAAACCAAAUCAAAUCCGAACGAACGUAAUUCAAAAUCAUUAUUUAAAAGUAAAUUCCACCAGCUAACAUAAGGAAACAACUCAAAAUUUGCAUCUCAUUACUUUGCCCCACAUGUGGAUAAAAUGCUACUUUCUCAUUAGUUUUUGAACAAUCAAGAGGGCCUUUACCAGUUGGUGUGGUGAAAAAUAAUAUUUACCAUUUUCACAUAAAAACGAAGUUAAAUUCAAACAAAAAUCCGCCGAUUUAGAGAAUCAACUUUGACAGUAAAUUUACGAAGAAGAAAUAUUUCUUAAAAUAUAAUCAAAAUUACUUUAAGAGUCACGACCUGAGCAAGAAAAUUAAAGUAGCUACUGAAAAAAGAAAUUCUGGAUUCGCAUCCCUACUCCCCCCGCAAUCCUUACUCACCCCAUUUUACGGUACCAAAAUAGUAGUUUUAAUAUGGUUAAGAUUCCAUUCUUUUUUUUUUUAUGAUUCGAUUCGAUGAAAAUACUUUUGAAACUGUUCGACCGGACUGUUUGUUGUGUAUGUUUAAGUAUAAGUGCGGCAUAAGUAUAAGAAUAUUUCUAUAGUCCUUUGUGCAAUAAGGAACUUAUUUUAGCAGUAUCACACUAAUGUCGCAUUUUGCCACGCGAACUCCUUUAUUUGACAGUAGAGGGAUUCACCGAAAAUAAUAAAUUUUCGUAAAGCUAUAAUCUUAUUAUUUGAAUCUAAUAAAAUAUUAAGUAGAAGUACAGUCAGCAAGCAGCAGAAGUUGCUACUUUCGCAAGUUGUUCAAAACGAACUGACCACAAUCACAACGUUAGUGUUAAGAAAAUAAAAUCAUGUGAAGAUCAUUUUGAAUAAGUACCUCAAUUCAUUUAGAAAAUAUUUCUGAAGUUGACUACGUUUUGAAUAACCUUCCUGUUUAAGUACCUAUGGACUAAGAAUUCUUCGUAUGCGGGACCGAUUUUAAAAUUUCGGGCGCUUGAUUUCAUCAUUCGAAAACCUGCG